GCAUAAAUAUAUUGUCAUUACUAGCAUAACACUCAUUAUUUAAGUACUAAUCUUCAGUGCUAAUUAUAGGCGUCCGAGAGAUCUCCAUCCGUAGAGAGAACUAUGGAGCCAGAGACUAAUGUGGACCAUGACACAAAUGUUGAUGCUGAAAAUAGUGAUGAAAUAUGGCAUCAAUAUCAUGAUGCAGAACGAGCAAUCGACCAAUAUCAAAGGGGCAUUCAGCAGCAGCUGAGAAUAAUGCGUGGCCUUAUGCAUAAGUUAGGGACUCGCAGACAUAGUGGGGUAAAUUCAGAUGCGGGUGGUCACUCUAGCUAUGCACCAGCCAGCACUCCCACGGCCGAUGACCAUGCAUUUCCCGGUGAUGAGUACAUGGCUUCGCAUGCUGCAUACCAUGUGCUAGACACACCAGAUCGCGUUGUCGCCCCUGAGUAUGAGUUGCAGCCCAGUGUACCCAUUAAUGUAGUAAGCGAUGGUGAAGAACAACCAGAAGGUAAUGUUGUCCCCACAAAUAGAAAUGUCCGGAGACGUCGAGUGCGUCGCAUGGCUCCAAACCUGUUGUCCCCAUACAUAUCCCAACCACAAACGAAACAAUCUGCCAUCAAAAUCGACCUAAAACAAGGAGCUGCACUGGUAUUUGGAGACGAUUUGGAUGCAAGUGAGGAACUAGUGUCUAUGCAUGACACUAUCCUAACCAGAGGCAAUUUGGGCUGCUUCCAAGGGAAUGGGUGGAUAGGAAACGACGUCGUCGAUGCCUACUGUAGAUUGUUGCAGUAUCAACAUGAACCGAAGUCGAAACUUUUUCUAUCCCCCUACAUAGCUGAAAUGGUAAUCCACUCCCAGGCAAAAAACCUAGUUAGGGAGGCAGUUAUUGGACGCUUUGAACCACAUCUGUAUCAGAUUGAUAUUCCAUAUGUCAAUGUUAACGAGGUCUUCUUACCGGUCCUCAUAAAGAACCAUUGGACAUUGUAUGUAUAUGACCUAGAAAACAGGAGAAUCCAACUGCUAGAUUCUCGUCCUGGUAGAAAGAAGACAAUGUUGAGUGGAGUCCAACAAAAUCUGGCCAAGGUUGUCCUGUGGUUGGCUGCCCACAAAAAAGAGGUAUCACCUUAUGAUUUGAGGACAUUCAAUUUCAUAACACCUGAUGUACCCCUCCAAACUAAUGAGCACGAUUGCGGAGUUUUUGUAAUGAAAUUCAUGGAAUUGUGGUCAAUGGGGGGGUUCUCCAAAUCAAUCGAUGUGGGGAAAUUGAAACAUUACAGGUUGAAGAUCAUGGGGAGUAUGUUGUUCUCAGCACAAAAUGCACACCGAGACCGUGUCCGGAGAGAUUAAAGGGGAUUGUAAUUUGUGAUAAAAGUGUAUAAAAUUAGCACAUUUGUAUGUAAUUUAUGGUGGACAUAUGCGGAAAUGAACACUGGGAUUAUGGGAUUAGUCAGAAUUUGAUUGUUUUUUGACUUAAGUUGCUUGUCAAUGCAUUGUAAGUAAAUAGGGCGAAUUAAAGAUGAUUGUACAUUAUACAGGAAAAACCAACUCCUGACA